AUGCUGAACGUGCUGCAUCACCUGCAAAUACUGCGUUUUGCGGUUCCUGCCACCGUAGUCAUAGGAGUUGCCCCGCAAUAUUUUUUCACGUGGCUUGCGUGGCGGCUCCUUUCUGUGCCUUUUCCUCGCCGUUUGUACGAGCGAGGAGAUGAAUUUUUUUAUGACAUGUAUCAGUCCCUCGUUUGCUUCUUCUAUGAGACGUGCACUGGAGCGGAGGUAAUACAUCUCGUCAUGAUUACUGUCCAUCACAUGCAUUUAAAGCCAUAUUUGAACAGUACAGUAGCAAUAGGCGUUGUGUGGACUGACCACUUUGAAGUUAAGUGUCUAAUCAUGGUCCAAUGUUCUCUGUUUUUUCUUUUUAAGGUCAUCUUUUAUGGUGAUCCAAUUCCCUGGGACAAACAGGAAAAUGUGAUUAUACUAUGCAACCAUCAAAGCUCAGGUAGUAUUUCUAUUUCCCAAGUUUUUGUUCCUUCCUCCCCCCGCCCCACUUCCCGGCACCACCUUCCCGAGACCCAGCCAUACCCCCUUCCUUAAGGAGGGGCAUUCUCGGUCAUAAGGGGUAAAGAAGUCUGCAAUGUAACCCCCCAAAAUCCCAUACUUAUGACAUAAUUAGUGUUAGCAUAAUAAUCCGGUAGUCAUGGGGUUUCGCAUGCAAAAUUGUUCGAGUUACCGUAAUAUUUUGUUUGGUGUUUCUAUCAUAAAGCUUUGAUUUUUUUCAGGAAAGAGCAGCAAGAAAACUCAAAUGCUUAAGAAGAUUAUAUUCCAUUAAUAGUACAGACUGUCCAGCCAUUCUGAUCAUGUCGGAAUUCUCCUGGUAUUGCCGAAAAUCCCCAAAUCCCAACCAAUUUGUUAUCAGAGGAGUAAAAAUCCUAAUUUUGACUUCUGUUUUGAUAUUUUCAAAUAUAUUCUUAUGGUACUUGUACAAAAUCACCUAACAGUAGACAGAAAUAAUAUUGUCCUCUCAGAACUUUAGAACUGGCAUUUCAGGUCAUCAAGAUUUGAAAAUUUUCCAGGCGGCAUUCCUCUAACCUGUAGCCGUUAGAGAGAAUGUAUGAGAACCGCUCAAAUUGGGCCUGAUCUCAGGUUAGCAUUCCCCUAGUGGCUUGUACCUUUGGUGUUGGCAUCAUUCAUCGGUGAUUCAAAAAUAUCCCGAUGUCACAUACUCAAAAGGUUAAAAAUACUAUGAACCUUCUAAAAGCAGUUAUUUCACACGGUCCAAUCUUGGACCUUUUGUCUUUUGUCUUUCUUUCAUCUCGUAAUCAGUAGCUAAAAGAGUAUAGUUACUACAUCGACCAAUCAGUGCUCAUUCACCAGAUUCUGGACAAAUCUAUGCCAUCAUCAUAUUGGAUUUUAGGAGCCUAGUUCCAGAAGUCUCAGAUCAAUAUAAUUUUUAGCCUCCCCGCAGACGUCCUUUGGGGUAGGUUUGUCACGCAUUCAUUUCUCCCCCACGGACGUCUGCUAAACAGAGCCGACUUUUACGUUCUGGAUUGUUUGAAUAAGCCAAUAAGCGGUUAGUUAUUGUGUCACAAUCAGCCAAUCACGCGCCGUGAUAUAAGUGAUGUCUCUGGUAUUCUCAAGUGAAUUAUUUAUUUGCACGGCUAUCUUCUACAUGAGACGACUCAAAUGUUUUGAAGAAAUCACAGAAACGAUGCAAUAAAGCUGCAGUCAGCUGUAUAUUUUUUUCGGAGGUUGUGACUAUAAAAUAAUCUGCUUUUCUUUGAAAGACUUCAGACAACAGUCUCCCACACGAGCGCGGAGCGGUUUUCAGCAUGUGAUCGAAAACAAUAAUUACUAUUAACUCUGUAUAUAUUCAAGUAUUAAGAAAAGAUAACUUGUAAACGUGUAUAGGGAAGAUAUUCAAAGCAUUCUUGAAAACAAAGGCCGUUUCCUUUUUGCGAGAUGUAAUUCCACCAAGGUCAUGGGUCGUGAACCAAGGACCAAUACGCAAAAUUUGGUUAUAUUUUUUCAAGAGUCGGUAAAACAGAAAAUUGAAGUCUACAGCAAUGUGCUUCCAACGGCAGAAAAACGUUUUUCUGAAAACUUGUUCUGCAAAAAGGCACGUCCUCCCAUUGCGUUUUAUUUAUUCACAAGCUAAGUAAACAUGACCACGGUGCCGCCGAGUCCAAACUUCAAGCUAGAACGACAAAUUAACCUACCUGUCAACAAACUUUAAUCUCGCUCCUUCAAAGAAAGAAAGAAUGCUUAUAAUCAAUAAAUCAUUGAACCUUUCAUUGUUCAUUGCAUUUUAUUUCUCGACGAAAUAUUUAAUCAUGCUCGGGAAAGUCGCCGACCAAGGACCACAUAGUAACUGUACAAGUCACUUUCGCUAACAUUUCCUCCACCGAUCGAUCUUCAACCAAGCUUCUGGGCUUCCGUAAACAACAGAGAAAGUCCCUCUAUCGACAACCCUCAUAUUCUCUUUGCUAAUAUCACUGAGCGUUACAGCAGGAAUACCAAUAUUUUCCAGCUUUGUAGAUUGAUCUUUCAAGAUUUACCACGGCAGAAACAACAUCAACAGUAAUGUCCAGUAGUUCCACGCAAUAUGUCGCAAACAAGCAGCAAAGCUUGAGAGAUAAGGGAUUUGCCAAAUCCCGUCGGCAAAUUUAUGAACUCAUCAGUCUUCGCUAUAAAAUUUGCAGGAUAGCUUCUCUCUCAUACUUGUUUAACUCUGUAUUAAUUACAAAUUUCUCGCUCACUCGAUCAAAAGCCUCACUGAUCGUGAGAAUCUUAAGAAGCGCCUCGGGUUACGUUUUACAAAAAUCCGUAAACGGCCUGUGAUUGGUGAACGUAAAAGUCGGCUCUGUUUAGCAGACGUCCGUGGGGGAGAAAUGAAUGCGUGACAAACGAACCCCAAAGGACGUCUGCGGGGAGGCUAUAUAAUUUUAGGUUUCUGGGAAAAUACCCACCAACCCCUCCCCUAACUCAACAUUAACAUUUGCAUCUCACUUGGAGCGAAAUGUUGGGUUAGGAGAGGGGUAGAUGGGCAGUUUCCCCUUAAACCUAAAUCGAUCCGAAGUCUCUCCCAUGAAUUGUCCCUAGCAACAAGAGGCAAGGAGAGACAGCUGUAUUGACAAGCUAUCAAUGAAGUGGUCAUUCAUUGAUUUCAACCACUUUGACAAAUGAACAUUGAGGCCUUACACUAAAUGCUUAUAGGGAUGAUUGCUUAUAAUGCAACUACAUAAUAUUGUUUUGCUCCCUUCUGUUUCUACAGUUGAUUGGAUGGUCUCGGAUUUCAUUGGUAUUAGGCAGGGCUCACUGGGAAGAAUAAGAUACAUUCUGAAGAGUGGACUGAAGUAUUUGCCAUUGUAUGGAUUUUACUUUGCACAGGUGAGCAAGUAAAGCCUUCUAAACCAAAUAGUAAAUCAAUUAAUUUGUAGAUAUUAUUUAAUCAUUAAAAUUUUGAUAUCAGUUGAUAAAAAGGCAAAACUAAACAGCUUGAAACUACUCAAUCAUGUUCAAAAUCAAGUCAGUCUUAGUAAGGCAAAAAUACAAAGCACAUGGUGGCCCAUUUUUCUAGAUGCCUGUGUAAAACAGUCAGAGGCUCUUAUGGCUAAGGAGGGGUUCCCACAAUUCAAAUGUCACAACAAUAUUUAUGUCACUGAAUUUUGUAUAAUUUUUGUGAUGACAAUACCUUAGGUAGAUGAAGGUAGUGAUUUACCAGUAGGUAAGAGGCUGUUGUUAUGAUCAAUGAUGUCUAGAAACUCUUGAAAUAAUUAAAAAUUACGUGGUGUUGCAGUAACCAGACGUUGUAGUGUGUCUGAUAGAUUUUGUGAUCUUAGUAAGGAAAGGUGAAUCAGGGUUGGCCAAGGGGUAGUAAUAUACCAUUGUAGAGGGCGUGUGCUUUCUAGUAGCUCAGGGCUAGUGGAGCUACCCCUCAGGCCAGCAUAUUUUAAUACAAGUUGUCCGACAGGCAAGCCACUUUUGCUGAGAUAAAGCAAGGGAUAAAGAAAAAGGGUAUUGGUAGGCCUUUUACAUAUACAAAAGAAACACCUUGCCUUUAGGGCAAGCUGACAUUCUUGUUUUCAUUUUUUUUGUUUUCUUUUUUUAAUGACAGCAUUCAUGUAUAUAUGUUAAGAGAAGUGGUGCAGACGACCAAGCGCAUAUCAUAAGGUAUGUACUUGACAUACUAUGAAACUGUAACUUCUUUCAUAACAUUAUACUGUCAUUUUUAUAGGGGAGCCCUUCCCCCGAGGGGGAGUGACCUGCCACACAAAAGCAGCCUGUGAGAGCCACUGCUUAGGGUGCUCCUGCACCAUGAGGUUUAAGAAGCCAAAUAGUGAAAUAAAGUUAUUUUUAUUUUUUUUUUUGUCAAAGGAAACUGAAGGAAAUGAAAGCAAGAAAGCUGCCUGUGAGUAUUUUUAAUUAGACCUUACUGGAAUGAGUUACUUUAAUAUAUCAGGCAAUGAUAUCCUCCGUCAGAGAUGCUACACAUUACCACAUAAAUGAAGUGAGAGUAAUAAUAAAAAAUAUUAUUAACAUGUACCCAUGAACGUAAAAAAAAAAGAUCUGCUGUAAUAAUCUUCUAAGUAAUGUAUCAAUGUAUGCAUUGAAACAUUCAUAGAUACAUAUAUUAUAUUUUAUUCAUCUAUAUUUACAUUUAUACAUUUAUACUUUAUUUUUAUAUUAUAGGCAAGUGAUUUUGUCAUCAAUAUUUUUGUUUGGUUGUAGAUGUGGUUGGUGAUUUUUCCUGAGGGCACAAGAUACAAUGUAUUGAAUACACAAGUGAUUGAAAAAAGUCAAAAGUUUGCUGCAGAGAGAGGUACAAUAGAACCAUUUUAUACAGGCUUGAAGUAAAUAGUAAUUAUAAACUAAUAAAUUUAUUCAACCCAACAUAUUACCUCUAAUAUUCAUUUCAACAGGUCUACCAGUGUUAUCACAUGUCCUGACACCAAGAACAAAAGCUACUGAAGUUAGUAUUCAGAAAAGUCAGAUAUAGUGCUGUUUAAAAGUAGUACAUAUCGCAACAGAAGAAGUCAUUUCAUGAUUAGUUUUGAUGCAACCUUGCAACCACAGUCAGAUAAUCUUUUGAGAAGGAUUUUUAUUGCAUGGGCUCUGAGCAAAAACAGGUUGAUCUAUGGAAAAAGUAUUGAUGUCCACUAAUUUUAUGAAAGCAAUAGACCAAACUUUCUAUGGGUUUACCAGCGUGAUAACCUACUUGGGAUGUUGGAAGAACACAAGAAAAGCUUGUAAAUCACGAGCCGAAAGGCUCAUGAUUUACAAAGCUUUCAUUUGAAUGGUCAUAUCAUAGGAUUUUGUCCACAGACUCAAAAGUUAGUUCCCUUAUGAAACUCCAUCAAUCAUCCAUUCUGGCAGUGAAAGUGCUCAUCAGCAGUAUAAUUCCAUCUGUGGUGCAGACUUAAGUUAUUUAGAGUAACAUAAACUUGUUUGUUCUUUUUAUUUUCAGGCGAGCUUUGAGGUAUUAUCUUCAGAUUACCUGGAUGCAGUAUAUGAUCUUACCAUUGCCUAUAGUAAUGCAUAUGAGAGUCCAGUACCUCGCAGGCCAGCACCAAGUAUGACAGGUAUUACCAAGUCCAGCAAGUUUUCGAAUUCCAUCAGGAGUCAUUUAAGGCCUUGUUCCACUCCCCAUCUUUAUUAUAUAACUCAAGGGAAGUGGGAAAACAGCCAGCACUUUCAGGACACCACCACUGGUUUCCACACGAAAUGAGGAACAAGAGCAGAAAUAAUUGGACACUGAUGACGUGUCACUAUUUAGACCUGAACAGUGCUUCUGAUUAAAUGAAAAUUUGCCUUGUAUCAGAAGCACUACCCAGGUCUGGAUAGUGAUCCAUCAUCAGUAUGAGUGAGAAGUAAGUGUUAAUGCUGGCUUAAGGGAGGAGUUGGUGAGCAGUUUCCCAGAAACGUAUAAUGCAGGGGCGGAGCUAUGGGGAGGGUGCAGGGGGUGCACACCCCCCCCCAGAUGACCUGCGAUUUUCUAAUACAACUAGUAUUCUGCCAAAAAAAAAAACUGUGUGGUUUAUUGGUGUUGAAGUAGAGCAAGAGACGAGGGCACCCCCUCCCACAUGGAUUUUACAGGUUCCAAGCCUUGGGCUUUCUUCAAUCUUCAAUUUUUCUUAGAGCACCGCCUUGAUAAGUAUUAUUGUAUUUACUGAUGCUAAGUUCUUUCCUCAGAUUUUCUUCUUUCAAGAGGCCAGAAAGUCCAUGUCUAUUGUCGUAGAUUUGCAGCUCAUGAUUUUCCGAAAGUAAGUACUGUUAAUGUAAUACCUAAGCCAGGCUAAUAUUUUUUUCAGAAGGCACACACACCAAAAAAAUUCAGAUAUUUUUACUGAGGCAAUGGCCUUGGUUCCGCCACCUCUAUGGGCCGUAAGGUGGCUCGAUACAGUUUUUCAAGGCCAAUACCUCCCAAGUUUGAGCAUAAACUACGUCGCCAUAAACAAAGUUUUGGAAAAAUUGCCACCACAGUUGUAUUAGAUAAAGAUGAAAAUUUGUUAUGAUCAGGGUUGCAACGGCAUCGGAGUUGUCAUAGCAACAAAAUGACGCUAUUACCUAUUUUACUUGCAGCAGUGUAUCUCGGCACUGAGAACUGUUCUUCCAAAAUCGUUCACGGGAGCUUUUUCCUCCAAUAGUAGCCUCGAUGUUUGUGAAGUUUAAGCGAAAUCUGUAAGAGCGUUAUCGAGAUAUUUUGGGAUCAAGAUUUUGUGGUUAGAAAUACUGUAAAAAAUGGAUAAUCUUGAUGUUCGGCUGUUAUCUAUAGAAAAUGAAGCGCUUUUGACAUGCAAUUUCACCUGAUAGUAGUUUCAAUCUUUUUAAAAAGGUGUGUGAAAGACCGUGGAGAUAGCUCCAGCCGAUUGCUAGAAAGAAGGAUUUGAUUAGUAUGUAUCGAGGCGCUUUUGUUAGCGGUUUUUUAACAUUUUGGUCUACUUUAACAAAUUAGCGAAUAAUUUUUAAACCACUCGAUAGAUUUUUUUUAAAAAAAUAAGAUUCUUGAGAUUAACCUUCAUUUUAGAUGAUCCUUUAGUUUCAAGAUUAUUGAUAUAUUGUAAGGAAGUAAAAUAAGGGCUACAAUUCGCCAAUAUUUUGGCAGAAAUUUUGUGUUUACAAAUGUGAGCCUCUCAUUAUUCAGGGUAUUGUCUCCAAGUUUCAUAUUUUCGCGCAUAACAAUAGCUAGCAUUUUUGCAUAUGUCAAAUGCAUUGUUAGUUACUGUUGUUCACGUGAAAAUGAAACUUGGAGACAAUGCCUUGAAUAAUGAGAGGCUUUCACUUGUAAUAACAAAACUUCCGAUAAAAAAGUAACGAGUUUUAGCCCUUAUUUUACUGCCUUACAAUGUAUCAAUAACCUUGAAACUAAAAGGUCAUAUAAAAGAAAGGUUAAUCUCAAGAAUCUUAAAUUUUAAAAAAAAUCUAUCAAGCGGUUUAAAAAUUAUUCGCUAAUUUGUUAAAGUAGACCAAAAUGUUCAAAAACCGCUGACAAGAGCGCCUCGAUACAUACUAAUAAAACCCUUCUUUCUAGCAAUCGGCUGGAGCUAUCUCCAUGAUCCUUCACACACGUUUUUAAAAAGAUUGAAACUACUAUCAGGUGAAAUUGCAUGUCAAAAGCGCUUCAUUUUCUACAGAUAACGGCCAAACAACAAUGUUGUCCAUUUUUUACUGCGUUUCUAAUCAUAAAAACUUCAUCCCAAAAUAUCUCGAUAACGCUCUUACAGAUUUCGCUUAAACUUCACAAACAUCGAGGCUGCUAUUGGAGGAAAAAGCUCCCGUGAACGAUUUUGGAAGAACAGUUCUCAGUGCCGAGAUACACUGCUGCAAGUAAAAUAGGUAAUAGCAUCAUUUUGUUGCUAUGACAACUCCGAUGCCGUUGCAACCCUGAUCAUAAAAAAUUUUCAUCUUUAUCUAAUACAACUGUGGUGGCAAUUUUUCCAAAACUUUGUUUAUGGCGAGGUAAUUUAUGCUCAAACUUGGGAGGUAUUGGCCCUGAAAAACUGUAUCGAGCCACCUUAAUUGAAGUGAAUAUUGGAGUGUCAAUAUUGAUUGAGAUAGGGAUAUAAACCCAGAGGGCAAAGCUGUAAGUAGAAUACCCCUGUAAGAUUGUUUUGAGUAGACAGAAAAGAGACCAAGAAACUUGCAAAAAUUGAGUUGACUUGAAAGCAUAAAUGAUAAAUUAAUUAUUACUCUCUUGUCCUAAAAUGAUCAUUGUGUAGCAUUUAAGCGAAGGUAAUCAGGGUAAUCAUUAAGAGCUGGGGAUCAAGAAUUUCCCCCGUCUAUUACGAACGUGGCCCCUGGCUACUUUCGUAGGAAAACAAGAAAAAUAGAACCAAAAGAAAUCCCAAGCAGUUUGAUUUCCUACCUAAUUGUUGUAUUUACCCGGCAACUUUAAAUCUUGGUGACAUCCCUGAGGUACUAUUUCUACAAAUUUCAUCAGAGAUCUGAUUGAGAGUUUGCAUUAUUCUCCGUUUUAAUUCAAUUUAUCUCAAAUUUAUCAUUUAAGGAUAAUGAAGCAACGAAAAAGUGGCUUCAUGAAAGGUUUGCAGAAAAAGACAGGUAAUUUUUAAAAACAGUCAUAUUUUUAUUUUUUAUUGAAAACUAUUUUGAAUGAAGCUCAAGCGGCGGAAUUAGAAGAAGUUAACAGCAUAUAGUUGUCAGGACAACACUACUAUCUUUUUUGUAGGCCUGUUAAACCAAAUGGCAUACAUUGUAUUCUCAGGACCAUUUCUUCUGUCAAUAUCACACAAUUUAGAAAACAAAAUAUAAAUGCUAAAAGAUAACUUUUGUGGUGAUUUUUUUACUGAAUAUCAAUAUUUGUCUUCACUUAUGAAUUAAUGUUUUUUUCUCAUUUCUUCAUGAUAUUUUAUUACUAAUACUGUGAAAAAUAUUGUUGUGUUUUUAACUUUUUUAUUAUUAUCACCCCCUUUAAUUAAGUAACACCUGCAAUAAUAUUAUUGUGAAGCACCUUAGUUAUGUGAAUAUAUAUGAAAUCAAUAUAUUUUUUAUUUAAUGAAAAAAAUUUUUGUAAAACAAAAUUCAUUGUUAUGUAAAUAACUCAAUUCUUUGCUAUGAACAUUUAAGUGAAAUUAUAUAAUUUUUUAUUUCGUGUCUUUAAAAUUUUAAAAUUUCGAUUUUUUUAUUUUCCUUCAGGAUUCUCAACAAAUUUUACAGUGAAGGUGGUCAAAUGCCUGGUGUUCCACGAAGAAGGAGAUUGCCCUGGUUCAGAACUUUCCCAUCCUUUGUAAUUUUUAUGGCUGCUUUACUUCCUUUUCUAAUGACCAAGUGGGGACGAUCAGCUUACUGGAAAAUGUGGCUUGUAUCCAGCUUUGGAACAGUGUCUUACAUGAUGUUACUGUUUGGGAAAGUGCAGCGUUGAUCAGAGAAAUAUUAACAGUGUGUGUGCUGUGUCAUUAGGAAAAUACGGUCAAACCUCCUGUUGGCGACCACCCAACAUGCAAAGAUUUAGUGGUCCCCUAUAGGGAGGUAAUAGUGAGUUUGCGUAAAAAGAAGGCAGAAAGAACAGGACGGCAAAACGCUUGAGUGUGGCAAACGUGUCUAUUACUUGCAUGUUUUGUCAUGAUCUUCACUCAACAUUGUUUCCUGGUCUUUUACAAAAAGAUCUGUUAAAAGGAAGGUGAAGUUUGGUGGAAAGUUUUUUUAAACAAAAUUAUUGUCAUGCUUGUCUCACAAGGCUUGCGGUCUUCUUUCCUCUCCUUCCUGUUGCAUAAGGUCACUAUUCACUGAGAAUCAAACUUCAGGAGCGUCUUUCAAGAAGGAGGUUUCUGAGACAUCUACUAAUUAUUGGUAAAGAAUUUAUUAGCAUGUCUUUCAAUUAUUCUACUCUACAGUAUCACUAUCUGUAGUUCCAUGUUGUUACUGAAAGCUCAUCACCACACUCCUAGCAGCAUAUAUAAUACAUACCAUAAAAAUACAGAUCAGACCUAUGGUUAAAGUGGUCAUGCACUUACAAGAGUUAAAAAUUAACAAUGAAAAAUUAUAAACCCCAAAAAUUGGUUGUGGUCACUUACACCAGAAAUGGUUGUUUAGAAGAGUUUCCAACCAUAGGACUAUGACUGGAAAAAUUUUGAUGCACUUGAUAGAUAAUCCCCAUGGGAGUUGGUCGCUUAUGAGAGGUGGUCGCACACAGAGAUUCGACUGUUUUCCACAUGGAAGGGUCUAAAUGUUUUAUAAUAGAGGGCACACUGUUAAGAAAAACCGUAAAAGGAAGGAAAAGGGCACUAUGAGUCCCUUAUGCUCAGUGCUAAGCACUAGUGGCGGGUGAAAAGCAUCUGAGCGACUUCACCCAGCAAAGUCAGCUUCGUUUUUUCCUUAAAUUGACAUUAAUAAUAAUAAAUUAUGGAUUUGUGAUACAAUCAGUUACUCUUCUUAAACUGGCUGUAGAGCAACCCCUGAAUUCUUGACAACAGAGUUUGAAAAAUACUAUCUUUACAUUAGGAUGAAGUAGUUACUGCAUUAUUUAUGACUGUAGUAAAAUGAAUUUGUUAAGAAAAAUGGUAAUUGGCGCUGCGAACAUAUACAAUCAGCUAAUGACAUACAUGCAAAUAUUCAAGACACUGAACAAUUCUCCCCCCCACCCCCCUUCACCAAAACACAAAAGUGAACCAACAAUGGUUUCCGCAACACCAAGAAAUUAUAUUAGGUAUUUAAUAUAGUUCACUGGUUUUAACUAUGCAGUAAGCUCUAUUAUUAUUUAAGCUUUCCUAAACAAAAAGCAUUUUAUUUUGUAUAAUUGUUUAGAAUGAAGUGUUUAAAGAAACGUUUUUUACGUUAGAGCUUAAUGCCAUAGUAACAUUUUAUGAUUCCAAGAAUUAACACUACCACCUGGAAAACACAAUAUUAGAUAUAUUGGCCCUGUAAUACAGUCCUAAUAAAGUAUCCACAUUAAGAGGUCUGUAACUUCUUUAAAGAACCAGGCCCCGGUUGUUCAAACGUCGGAUAGUGCUAAUCCACCGGAUAAAUCACUAUCCAGCGGAUAGCGUAAUUGAUUUCCCUAAUACUUAUCCACUGGAUAGUGAUUUAUCUGGUGGAUAGCGUUAUCCAACAUUUGAACAACCGUGGCCAGGUGAAAACAAUGGACAUUAUUGAGAGAAUUGUAAUUGUUAAUGGAGCAGGCAGGGUUUCCAAGUUUGGUUAUUCUAGUUGUUUGAUUUUCUUUUUGAGGUAGUUAGGUGUCAACAUAUGUAAGGGUGGCAAAUGGUACCUUGAAAAACGUGGGUCUCGGAAAAUUUUGGCAGGAUCUCAAAAAUCUCGGAAACGUUUUUGAUAAGUCUCGAAGUCUCGUUUUUUCAUGGUUUGUUUUUACUUUUUUUGAGUCUCGAAACUUUUCACCAAAGAGUCUCAGGCUCGGAUUUCUAACUAGGAUCUCGGCAUCUCGGCAAGUCUUGGAUUUUACCAUUCGCCACCCCUAUAUGUGUAAGCUGGGCAUUUCACACGUUAAUAAAGUCUUUAUUAUUAUUAUCAUUACUACAGUGGAAAUGUUGACAACAUUAAAGAGCUCCUCUGAACCCUCUUUUCCAGUAACAGUCAGCUGCC